UAGUUUAAAAUUACCCUGGUUAGUGAUUAUUGAUUAAAUGUAUCCACAGAUGUUUUAUUCUUCCGUUCUAUGGUCUUUUCAAUUGUCAAAUAAAUCGUAAACGUAUUAAACUAUUAACUAUUUAUUUAGUAAUAAUAUAAUUUUUUUUUACGGACAACGUUCUUAUUUGUGCCGUAUCACCAGAAAGUUCAUUAUAUGUAUAGUUUUAUGUGUACUAGCGAUUCCUUUGGCAAUGUAUUUAAAACUAAAAAGUCAAAUAAAAUGAGAAAUAAAAAAUAAAAAAAUAAUAAUGGACGUAGAAAUUGAAAAAUAUGUGAAAAAGCAAAUCCAACUCCAAGAACAAAUCAAGGAGUUAUUUGUCGAGAAAAAAAUGUUACAAGACCAAAUCUGUGUACUUUAUGAAUGUUUAUCAUUAGAAAAGGUAAAUCGUAAAAUUUCUGAGUUGGAGAAUAAACAAAAAAUAUUAACAUCGUUAGAAAGUAUGGUUAAUAAUUUAAGAACUGACAUUGAACCAUUAGAGUAUUUAAAACAGGUGUUGCAAAGGCAACUUAUGGUUUCAACUCUACCUACUAAUGAUCUAAAUAUCGAAGAGCGGAAAUAUUCUGAUAGUUCAUUAUUAACAACAAAUAGCUCAUGUGCCAUUGAAACAUUGGACUCUUUAAGUGAUGUUAGCUCAGAAGAAAGUAUCAUGAUUUUAUCUGAUUAUGAUGUGGUUUCGGAUGAAGAAUUUUUUAACAAUACAGAAAAACCUGUUGAGAACAAAGUUAUGUAUGAUGAAGCAUUACUGAUGGCAUCUAGUGUGCAUUCAUCAUUGGUUGAUCAUCUAAUCCCAAAUAUUGAUUCAAAUCAACCUUUAAUAAAUAUUAGUGAUCAAGUUAAAAGCAAUAAUUCUUGUCUUCAAUUUAGUUCUAAAAACACAGUUUCAUCGAUCGAUUUAAGCAAUAAGAGUGAGCACCUCUUAGAAUUAUAUGAUGUAGUCAACGAACUAGACCUUCUAAAUUGCAAUCAAAAUGAAAACAUUGAAAUUAAAUGCGAUAAAAGAAAAAUCAAACCAAUUCUUAAUGAAGCACACCAGCCAUGUAUAUUUGAUAAAGAAUUGAGUGAUAGUGAAAUAAAAUUGUAUAAAAAUGCAUCAACUUCGGUUAAUGAUUCAUGGGUAAAAAUCAGUCCCAAUGAAAUUUCUAAUGAACAAUUUGUUGAUAUUUUUCAAUCAAUUACUGACUCACAGAAGGAUAAUACAGUGUCAAAAGUAAAAAUGGAUAUAGAUAUUUGUGAAAAAAAUAUUGAUAAAAUUAUGAGUUUUGAUAAUAGUAACAAUGUUGAUUCUAAUUAUGAAGAUGAAAUUCAAAAACCAAGUUCGGUUGAAAAUAAAAUUCAUGUCAACUUGUUACCUUUUACUGAAGAUUCUAAUGCACUUAAACAAUUAAAUGGAUCAAAAGAAAAUUUAAAUGUAGAAAUACAAGGACAAAAUGAUCACUUAUAUAAUCACCAGUUUGCAUCAAAAUAUAAUAAUGAAGUUAUGAAUUAUAAGAAUAAUUGCAAUGCUGUUAUUCAUUUUAGUGAAAAUGAAAUUAAUAAUCCAGUUUGUCCAUAUGAUAAAGUUAAAAUUACACCUUCAUUGUUAUUUACUGAAGGUUCUAACGUAUCAAAAGAAUCAAAUAAUUUGUUUACCAAUAUUAAUGAUAAACUGUCUUCUAUUAAUAAUAAUGUAAAGCCUAUUUUGUUAUGUCAUACUAUAGACUUGAAAGAUGAAUUAUUAAAUGGUAUUCAUCAGUAUGGCAUUCAGAAUCUGAUGCCCUUGCAACAGGAAUGUAUGUCCCAUUGUGUUAAUGGACGUGAUGUUAUUUUUCACUCAUACCCUUGUGUUGGGAAAUCAACUGUAUGUCUCAUUUCAGUGUUGCAAAGGAUUAACACUAGUUUAAAUGAAUGCCAAGCAAUUGUAUUAGUACCAACGUUAGAAUUGGCAUUGUCUGCUCAAAAGACAAUGAAAUCAAUUGGGAAAUUUUUAAAUGUUUCUACGUGUAUUGGCGGUACCAAUGUUCCUCGUAAACUUUCUCCAGUCCCUCAUGUAGUGAUUAGUACUCUGCAAGGUUUAUGUGAAAUGAUCAAUUGCAACUCGUUAUGUAAAGAUUUUAUAAAAAUGCUUGUAAUUGAUGAUGCAGAAGACAUGUUAAAAUGCAAUGGAUUUUUUAACAAAAUUAGAUAUGUUUUGUUGUUCCUUAACAAUAAUCGUCAAUUAAUUAUUCUAUCCACUUCAAAAAUAGAGGAAAUCUUAGAUCAGUUUUCUGAUUUAAUGCAGAAUCCUGAGUAUAUAUUAGCACCAAAUGAAAAACCUUUGUUGAAUGAUAUAUCGCAGUAUUGUGUUUAUUUACCUGAAGAAUGGAAAUUUGAUGCAUUCUGUGAACUCUAUGAAGUACUCAAUUUAACACAUGCUGUUGUUUACUGUAACACAUGGAGCAAGGCUUUGGAAAUAGCAGAAAACAUGCGUCUUAAAACAUAUUUAGUAUCAGCUGUACAUAACGAUAUAGAUACACAUCUGCGGAAUCUCAUAUUACACCAGUUUCAAUGUGGUACUAACAGGGUGUUAGUUACUGCUGAAUUACAGAGAGGCGAGGAUUUUUCAGAUGUAUCUUGGGUUAUUAAUUAUGAUCUUCCUAAAAGUCCAAAAGAUUAUGUGCGUAAAAUUGUUGGUUGUUUUAGCCGCAGAGUGAAGGUAAUUAAUUUUAUCACUACAGAUGACAAAACAACUAAAGAAGCUAUUGAGACUGCUUUUAAUGUAAGUAUGCUUAAUAUGCCUCAGGAUCUAACUGAUUUAUGUGUAUCUAACCUGUAAUCUAUAAUAUAUUAAUAAUCCAAUAUUUAAUUUUAAAUAUCAAUAAAUUUUAUUACUAUUUU